AUGGAGGGAGUACGCUGGCUCCUGUGCAUAGCUAAAGGCGGGGUUGAUGCCCUUCAAGGAGCUCCAUUGCAAAUCACUUCCAUCGUCCCAAGAGUAGACUCCAGUAUCAGGCAAUCCAUCCGUUUCAUUGCAACUCUACAAUCUGAAGCGCGUUUGCAGUCGUUAAGACAACCCAGGUUGUUGUUAAGGAACCCUGAAGCCUGUCAGGAGUUUAAGAGCUCGCAUUCCAAUUCGGUAAUUCGGAGUAUGGAUGUAAUAACUUGUGGGCUCAGAUGUUCUCCCUGCUUCCUUGUCGUGUUAGGAGCUCUUCAAUUGGAUAAGAGUAGCAGAUUUGAAAAGUGA